AUGACGGCCUCGGUGAUAGCGAACCCCACGACGACGGCCGUCUCGGCGCCUGGAAAGGUCCUCCUCGCGGGCGGCUACCUGGUCCUGGACCGGGCCUACACUGGUUUCGUCUUCGGGCUCAGCGCCCGCAUCAACGUCGUGGCCGCCGAGAUCCACACCAUUCCGGGGGUGCACCUGACCGAGAUCGUCGUCGAGAGCCCUCAGUUCGUCGACGCCGUCUGGCGCUACGGCUUCCAUCUUGCGCCCGAGGAUGGGGGCAUCACGGUCACGCAGCUGCAGGUCGGCUCCAAAAUUGACCCAAACACAUUUGUCGAGACGACCCUAAGCUAUGCCCUCACCUACAUCGCCCGCAUCAACAAGCAGCGCCCCAGCCACUCCCUGACCUCGACCCGCCUCAUCAUCCUCGCCGACAACGACUAUUACUCACUGCCGUCCGCCGACCCCGACUCCGCCGUCUCCGGAGCCGUCCCCCCGGCCAAGGGCACCCGCUUCGCCAGGUACCCGCACACCAUCAGCGAAGCGCACAAGACCGGCCUCGGCUCCUCCGCUGCGCUCGUCACCUCCCUGACAGCCGCGCUCCUAACGCACCACCUGCCCACCUCGCUCUUCGACAUCAACUCCCAGGCGGGCAAGCACACGCUCCACAACCUCGCGCAGGCGGCGCACUGCGCCGCGCAGGGCAAAGUCGGAUCCGGGUUUGACGUCGCGGCCGCCGUGUUCGGCAGCUGUCGGUACCGACGCUUCUCCCCGUCUCUGCUCUCUGAUCUCGGCGCCGCGGGAUCGCCUGGGUUCUCUGAGGCGUUGGUGCGCAAGGUGGACGAGCUGCUCGCGUGGGACGUCGAGGUCGAUAAGGCGGGGACGGGGUUGCCCGAGGGCGUGUGCUUGCGCAUGUGUGACGUUGAUUGUGGCAGCCAGACGGUGGGGAUGGUGAAGAAGGUGCUUGAGUGGAGGAAGGCGGAUGCCGAGGGGAGUAAGAGGUUGUGGGAUGAUUUGCAGGGCAAGAACGAGGCGCUCGCGGCCGCGCUCAAGGAUGGCGAGGUGCACAAGGUCGGCGGCGCGGUUGCGGAUGUGAGGGGGUUGAUUCGGGCUAUGGGGGUCGGCAGCGGCGUGCCGAUUGAGCCCGAGGCGCAGACGGAGCUGCUGGAUGCGCUUGGCGGUGUUGAGGGCGUGUUAGGCGGGGUUGUGCCCGGCGCGGGCGGGUUCGAUGCGCUGGCUUUGGUGAUGAGGGACGACGAGGCCACGCAGAAUAGGGUCGAGGCAUUUUUGGAGGGGUGGGGGAAGGAGAAGGGGGCGAGGGUGCGGUUGUUGGGCGUCAAGGGGGAGAUGGAGGGUGCCAGGCGGGAGGAGUUGAGUGCGUAUGAUGGGUGGUUGGCUUGA